AUGUCUAACCAGGAGGCCGUGCCUGCACCUGCUCCUAGCAACGGUGAUACCGCUCAGGCACCGAAGUCAACACCCGCCAUCCUCCAGUCUGCAUCGAAGUCAAUUGAUCUCGAACUGCCAACUUCUGCUGCAGAUGGUCUCAUCCAAAAACCAUUCGCUAAACCUCUGGACUCCGCAAAGCCCGCAGCUCCCGCACAGCUCACAUCGGACCAAAAGUCCAAGUAUGAAGCUGUGCUAAAGACCGUUUCGUCUUGGACCACAGUCCCCACCAAGGCCGAAAAGGGCGCUCCGACUGCACCCAUCACUGAAGAUGAGCGUAUGUGGUUGACUCGGGAGUGUCUCCUUCGUUACUUGCGUGCGACCAAGUGGAAUGUUUCCGAAGCUGAGACCCGGCUCCAGAGCACUUUGACAUGGCGCCGUGAAUAUGGCCUGGAGAAAAUCACUCCGGAUUAUAUCUCAAUCGAGAACGAGACUGGCAAGCAGGUUCUUUUGGGAUAUGAUAUUAACGGCCGACCUUGCUUGUACCUUCUGCCUUCCAACCAGAACACAGAGAAGAGUGAUCGCCAACUUGAGCAUCUUGUCUUUAUGUUGGAGCGAGCCAUCGACCUCAUGGGACCCGAUCAAGAGACAGUUGCACUGCUGGUCAACUUCAACGAGACCAAGUCUGGCCAGAACGCUAGCAUGGGCCAGGCCAAGCAGACCCUCGGUUUCUUGCAGAACCACUACCCUGAGCGACUUGGUCGGGCUCUCGUGAUCAAUGUUCCAUUCAUGAUCUGGGGAUUCUUCAAGCUCAUCACCCCAUUCAUUGACCCCAACACCCGGGAGAAACUCAAGUUCAACGAGGAUUUGCGUCAGCACGUUCCACCAAGCCACCUUAUGAAGUCUGUUGGGGGUGAUGUUGAAUUCCGAUACGACCAUGCGACCUACUGGCCUGCUUUGAAUACGCUGGCCGAACAGCGACGUGAAGCUUAUCGUGAGCGCUGGGUCCAGGGUGGCAAGCAGGUUGGCGAACUUGAGAACUACCUCAAGGGUGAGAACACUCCCAGUUUGUCAGAGGCUAUGGCGGAGGUCGAUGCCAAAGCCAAGGAUGGAGAAUGA